CCGUGUUGCGGUGCGUUUAAGCACCUUGGAGAACUCCCCGUCCGGAACAGCGCAAAAACAGAGGAUUCACAUCCCCUACGUCAUAUCUAGCGGACUAUAUCCGUCCACGGGCUAAAAGUGUCUCGUGCCGCCUAGGAUUCCGCGGAUGCCGAGAUGCACGCAGAACCCGCGCGAGAUGUCCAAGUGAUGAUGGCGUACGGGCCGUUCUCACCCAUCGUCUGACCCUGUUUCGUUGGAUUGGCGGAGACAAAUGCCCAUCACCCCUCUCUCUCUCUCCCUUUCUCUCUCUUUGCCUGCACGGGUCGCGGUGUAUAAACAGCAUGGCUAACGCGCAUUCCAAUCAGUCUAAAUAUAUCCAUUAGAGAGCUACAGCAAGGACGAGCUGGUGGGCUACAAUCGUGAUCCUUCCUGCGACAACUUGUCAUCUGUGAUCUCUCUUAUACUUAAAACGCCUUGAAAACACAUUGUCAACAUAGGCGUUGGUGGCAUCUCUCUGGACCCGAGGCCGACAUGCCCUCCUCAAGCAACAGCGUGAGAUCUCGGACGCGGGACCGCAACAAUGUGCUGGGCAGACCCGAGUUCAUGUCCCUAAACCAGCCCAUGCGGGCCGGAGCGCCCGCCGCCGAGAACCGAGCCAGCUCCAGGAGGCUGUCGCAGAUCAAGCCCCAGACCAGUCAGUCGAACGAAGAGCCCGCUGACACCGCCGGCGUCAACAAUAACAACAAGGACAAGGACAAAAAGGAGCCGGGCAAAAUGCCCGAGGAAGACUGCAUGCUGCUGAACCCCUCCUUCAAGGGGAUAGCCAUGAACGCGCUGCUAGCCAUCGACAUCAGUCUAUCCAAGCGCAUGGGGGUCUGCGCCUACACCUCGUCUUCCUGGGGGGGCUGCCGCUCCAUGGUCGCCCUGCUCGAGCUCACCGGCUUCGGCAUCACGUGGAUCAUUGGCACUAUCGUGUGUCUCACGAGGAGUAACACGCUUGCCGGACAGGAGGUUCUGGUCAACCUGCUACUGGCGCUGCUUCUGGACGUGCUGACCAUCGCGGGGGUCCAGCGGCUGGUGAAGCGGCGGGGGCCCUGGGAGAUGACCCCCGGCUUCCUGGACUACGUGUCCAUGGACAUGUACUCUUUCCCGGCGGCGCAUGCCAGCCGCGCCGCCAUGGUCUCCAAGUUCCUGCUGUCCCACCUGGUGCUGGCCGUGCCUCUGCGCAUCCUGCUGGUGCUCUGGGCCUUCCUGGUGGGCGUGUCCCGGGUGAUGCUGGGCAAGCACCACCUCACGGACAUGGUGUGCGGCUUCGUGCUGGGGCUCCUCCACUUCAGCCUGAUGGAGAACGUGUGGCUCUCCUCCGGCACCUGCCAGACUCUCAUCUCCAUCAGCACCUUCAGCUGGGGCGCCUUCAGUUAGACGGCGGGUCGGCCCGGUUAGGUAGUGGCUGCUGGGCACGGAAGCUCUGCUUGGACCGUGAAGGAGCUAUGACGGGGGGUUUUGACGCGUAACCAUGUGGUCCUAAGAUUGGUCUUGUAGCUUAGCUUUACACCGUAAACGAUUCUGUAGCGUGGUUCACACAGCGUGAACGAUGCUAUUAGACUCAGGUUUUUCAGGGCUGUGAGGCUUUCCGAUGUUUUUUUUUAAUCCUUGUGUUCCUAAGAAUAGAUGGAAGACUUUGUAGCGUAGCUUUACGAUGUAAAGGUUUCUGUAGCAUAUUUUUACCCAAUGUAAACUAUGCUACGAUUCUCUGGGUUUUAAAGCUGCGGUCUACAGUUUACAGCAAUGUAUUGUAUAAAGAGAUGUGUUAAGGUGUGGUUAAGUUCCUCAUAAACGCUUCUUUGUCAUGCAAAGAGAUCCAAAAGUCAUGACAUCAUUCAUAGUACAGUGAAUUUCUUUUAAGUUGUGAGUUACUUAUCAUUAAAUCUACCCACAUACCUCGAAGCUCGUUAUAGAAUAAUUCUGCUAAAGGAACAGUGUAUGUAUCACUGAUGUAUCCUUUUUAAAGUUUAAAUCAACAUUUUAUGAAAGUUUUAAGUUUAUGUUUUACUUAAAACAAUAAGUACUUUAGAUACUUUCCGGCUCUUGGCUGAAAGUAUUAAAUCUGUUUUUGCAUGAAAUACUUUCACUUCUUGUUUCUUCUUUUUCCUGUUUUUAUUUUUUUAAUUUCCUCUUCUUCUUUGCCUUGUUACUCAACAUAUGUGUAGUUAAGAAAUAAAUACACGUUUUAAGGUUAAAUAUGCUGAUAAAAUAAGCUAUUCUGAUAUUCAAAUGACAAAGGCUUUAUUUUCUGUAAGUAAAUAUGUUAAGUUGUGGUAUUACCCAUACCCAAUGGCUGUCCUUCACAUAUGUGUAACAUUUUAUUGUUAAUAUUUGGUUGAAAUGUUCUUUAUGCAAAAAAUAUGCAUCAUAUUAAUGAUUCAUUUAUUUUGGAAAGUUCCCCUCCAUGAUUUCUAGGCUUAAGGUAAUUUAACUUUGUUGCCCUAUCUUCCACUUUCGUUCUCUAUCUCUUCUGCAGUCUAUGCAUUGGCUUAACAGCUGAACACACUUAGUUUGUACGUGUGGUUAACUGGCUGCUCCACUCAACGACUAAAGUGCGUUAGUGGAUUUCUGUGAGACUUUCAUUGCGCAUGGUUUUGAUUAGUGUUUUAGAAGUGAAUGACUCUGUUUUUUGUAACUGUUCAUUGAAGAUUAACCUAUUAGCCUACUUCUAUUUCUAACUUUGUAUUGAAUAACUAUGAAUCUAUAGGCUUAACAGGAUAUUAUUGUAGCAGAAUGUUUUAUUGAAAAACUUGUCUUAUGCAUCUGCAUGUUUUGUUUGCUAUGUAGAGUUUUUAUGGAGCGUUUCCCUGUUUUUCUUUUAUAAUAAUUGAGUUUGAGUUGAGUUGAUCUUUUAAAAAGCCUUCUUUAUUAUCUAUUUUUUUGUAUUUGUGCAUGCAUAUAAAAUAUGUUAUUGGCAAUCA